UUCUGGAGGAGAGGAGGAGGACUGCUUGCACUCUUUCCAAAGGGCGUUCGCGGUUUGUGUAACUUAAGAGCCCUUCUCAGCACUGAAAUGAAAUUACGCGGUUAUCGUAGCGCGGCAAGAGGAAAAUCCCUAUGCUUGGAGACAUUACGCCUUUGGCGUACAGGGGGUGGAUCUUUGCUACAACCUUUGUCCUGCAAAGAUUUUUUGCGGACUGGUAACACGGAAGCGAACGAGUGAGUGAAAACGGGUCCGCGGUGGAGAGAAGAGACCUCUGGAAAAAUGGCAAGUGAGGCCGAUACGACCGAAGUGAGGGAACAGCACAGAUUUGACCAAGGAGCCGUGGAGAGAUACAUGUGUCAGCAUCUGCCGGGGUUUCCACGGGACGCAGCCGAAGCUCUGGCUGUCAGGCAGUACAGCUCAGGGCAGUCAAAUCCAACUUUUCACUUGAAGAAAGGCCUUAAAACCUAUGUGCUUAGGAAGAAGCCUCAUGGCCCUCUCCUACCUCAAGCUCACAAGGUUGAUAGAGAAUAUCGGGUUCAGAAAGCCUUGUUUGCAGCUGGGUUUCCAGUUCCUGAGCCCCUCUUAUACUGUAGUGAUGUUUCUGUGAUUGGGGCAGAAUUUUACGUGAUGCAACAUGUACAGGGCCGUAUCUUCCAAAACAUUGCAUUACCUGGAGUAAGCCCAGCAGAAAGAUCUGCUUUGUAUGUAGCUAUAAUAGAAACUCUGGCCCAGCUGCACUCAUUCAAUGUGAACUCUCUGGGGCUCCAAGGCUAUGGAAGAGGACAAGGUUACUGUAAGAGGCAGGUGGCAACAUGGAGAAGACAGUAUCAAGCAGCUGCUCAUGCAGACAUCCCAGCUAUGGAUGAAUUAGCUGAAUGGUUAACCAACAACCUUCCAGCUGGUGAUAAUGAAGAAAAUUUGAUCCAUGGAGAUUUUCGAAUCGAUAAUGUCAUCUUUCAUCCAACAGAGGCCCGUGUUGUGGCAGUGCUGGAUUGGGAACUUUCAACUAUAGGGCAUCCUCUGGCAGACCUUGCUUAUACUGUUGCUUUCAGGUUCUGGCCCAGAUCCCUCAAACAUUUAAAAAUGAAGAGUUUCCAGGAUGUAAUCAAUGUUGCAGGAAUUCCUUCGUUUGAAGAACUGAUCACAGUGUACUCUCGCUGCAGGGGUACCAACACUGUUUUUCCCAACCUGAAUUUCUUUCUUGCUCUGUCGUAUUUUAAAGUUGCUUCAAUAUGCCAGGGCAUCUAUGCCAGAUAUCUCCUGGGAAAUUCCGCAGCAGAAGACAGCCAUGAGUUUUGCAAUAUGGUGAAGCCCUUGGCAGAAACUGGAUUACUGUUAGCAAAAAAAACAUCUUUUACCACUGGCAUUCAGCCCUGUAGUACAGGAGAAUUAUUCCAGCAGUCUAAAGAGGGUGAAGAAGUACUCCAAAAGGUGAAAGAUUUUAUGAAAAAACAUGUUUUUCCAGCUGAAAAGGAAAUGGAAGAGUAUUAUGCCAGAAAUAAAAAUUCGCUAGACGUAUGGAAAAAGCCUGCUGUGAUUGAGAGAUUGAAGGAAAGAGCCAAAGCAGCGGGUCUCUGGAACCUUUUCCUACCAGAUGUUAGUGGUCUUGGCCAGCUGGAUUAUGCCUUAAUUGCAGAAGAGACAGGGAAGUGCUACUUUGCGCCUCAAGUAUUCAACUGUCAUGCGCCAGACACAGGAAACAUGGAGGUCCUGCACAUGUAUGGGACAGAAGAACAAAAAAAGCAAUGGCUGGAGCCUCUCCUAGAAGGAAAAAUUAGUUCUUGCUUCUGUAUGACAGAACCUGGUGUUGCUUCAAGUGAUGCCACCAACAUGGAAUGCAGCAUUCAGAGAGAGGGAAACAGCUAUAUAAUCAAUGGCAAGAAGUGGUGGAGCAGUGGGGCUGGAGAUCCAAACUGCAAGUUUGCUAUUGUGAUGGCCAGAGAUAAAAAUACAUCUGCAUCCAGAUAUAAACAGCACAGUAUGAUCAUUGUGCCAAUGGAUACACCAGGCGUCAAACUUAUAAGGCCUCUUUCAGUCUUUGGAUACUUUGAUUAUUUUCAUGGUGGACAUUUUGAAGUGCAUUUUAAUGCUGUUCGGGUACCCGUCUCUCAUUUAAUACUUGGAGAAGGAAGGGGAUUUGAAAUAGCACAAGGAAGACUUGGGCCAGGCCGAAUCCACCACUGUAUGAGGUCAAUAGGGGCAGCUGAGACUGCUUUGCGGAUCCUGUGCAAGCGUUCGGCCCAGAGGGUGACAUUCGGGAAGAAGCUGUACCAUCAUGAAGUUGUGGCUCACUGGAUUGCUGAAUGCCGCAUUGCUAUUGAGCAGGCAAGAUUGCUUACGUUAAAAGCAGCCAGCAAAAUAGACACCGUGGGCAACAAAGAAGCCAGAAAAGAGGUUGCUAUGAUCAAAGUGGUGGCACCCAGAGCAGUCCUUAAAGUGAUUGACUGUGCCAUUCAGGUUUGUGGAGGUGCUGGAUUCUCUGAAGACUUCCCAUUAGCUCAAAUGUUUGCCUAUAUUCGGACCUUACGUGUAGCAGAUGGGCCUGAUGAAGUUCACCUCUCAGCGAUUGCGAAACUAGAACUGCUUGACCAAGCCAAGCAACUGCAUGCCCAUCUCUAAUAUUUUCUUCAGUCCUGAUGGUACCACAAUCAUUUGAAGUGGUUUUUUCUUAAAAUUAGGCUGGCGGGCUUAGAGUAAUGACAAAGUUAACUGAAACUGUUGGUGGUACUGUAGUUUUUGACACUAUUCUCAUUUAUGGAUACAUCUGGAAUAAACUAACCCUUACUAAU